AUGAACAAUCCUGAGCAAUCAUCGCCGCCAGAGGGUGCCAAAUCGUCUACGAUGCCAUCUGGAAACGCUACCAAUAAUAACUACCCUUUCUUGGUCCAUUCUCAGAAGACAUUGACACAGAAUUUGCCUCCCAGGGUAAACAACAAAGCUCUGGCUCGGCAAAAACGUAGACGUACCAGCCCUGAUGACCAAAAAAUAUUAGAAGCGGAAUACCAUCGGAACCCGAAACCAGACAGGGCAAAGAGAGCGGAGAUUGUCAACAGAGUUACAUUGGGCGAGAAGGAAGUUCAGAUAUGGUUUCAAAAUCGUCGACAGAAUGAUAGACGCAGAUCCACCCCCCUCCACCCAGAAGACUUCAGACCGUCCAAAUGCUCUACCUCGGACCAGGACGCGAAUAACAAUGACAACACCGCGACUUCUGGCGGCCCCUCUACUCAAUUAUCUAGACCUGGCCAGGAAACUGCUAAUCAGCUCGGUAACGUGCCACGCGAAUGGAUAUCACCACAAAGCUCAUUUAGGUCUGGAACGGGAAGUGAUUGCGGAGGAACGCUUGAUUCUUCUCAAAUGAGAGCCUCGCAGAUCACCAAUGUCUCUCGGCGCGGGGAAUUAAACGAUCAAGUAGUCAGUCCGGAAGAGCAACCCGGCGUAUAUAAAGAAGGCCCAGUCAUACCAACCAAUGAGCCAUGCCAUAUCCCCUCUGCCAACCGCAAGCGGUCCAGAUCUGAACCCCAGGCCCCAAACGCCAACUCAAAGAGCGAACACAGCCCACCCACUUCAAGCACGUUUAUACCGCCGUCACUACGCAUAUCGUUAUCCUUUGACGGGGAAGCUGUUGUACGCAAGGAAGGAGAAAUCACACCAUCUCCACAAAAGCCGAGGGAUUCAAUACGCAUUUCUAUGUCUGCGGACGGGGAGGCACUUAUCAGGGGUGCAAACGAGGAAUCUCCCACGAAGGGUCACUCGUCUUUAUUGAAUUUCACCCGACCUGCUUUGGGAGGACUCCGGAGGAGCAUCAGCGCUUUCCCCCUUGGAUCACUAAGGACAACCAAUGACCAACGAGAUCCCAAACCAUUUGGGAGAUCUCGUGACUCCCGUAACUGGGAGCUUCAUUGUGAUACAGAUGCCAGAACUGCAUUGUUAGGAUCGAAAAAUAGUCUUUCGUCUCUUGCAUCUCGAACAGGAAAAUUAGCUCGUCGAAAAUCCGAUCUGGGACAGCCCAGAGCUUUAAUGCAGCGGACAAAUCUCCCAAACACAUUACCACUGUCAAGGGAACCGCGAGGGAAACGGAAAAAGUUGCCACGUGCGAUGUCAUCCGUAGCUUGUUUAGAAUCCGGUUACAAAUCAUUACCUUCAAAGACAGGAGAUGGGUCUCUAGAAUACCAUUUCGGCGAUUCUGACAAGGAAAAUUGGAUUCCAGCUACACAAAUAUCUGCCUCCAGGCGCUCUCCUAGCAGCCAGAGGACUCGUCGUGGGGUGCUUCAAAACCCCAGAGUCAACAAUGAAAAGGGUAGUAGUCAAUCAGUCAACGGAUCUAACAAAAUGCAAACGAGCUAUCGGGGCCAGCAUCCAAAUAGCACCCGUGGAGGGGAAGGGGGUGGAAUUGAAGAGCUUUGCAGAGGACCUGACGACGUAUCUCAGCUGAUAUCUGGUCCCAACCAAGAUGAAGAUUUGGACUGCAUCCAGGGAUUGCUGUCUUUGAGCCAGGGUGCAUGGAAGUAG